UGUAGUGCACUACGUAGGGAACAAAUACCAGUGCUUUCCUAGACUAAUAUAGUUCACAUAUACAGGAAGUAGUGAGGUAUUUAGGAUUCAGCCUCACCGUUAAACAGAAAGCUUGCUAGUUUUAUUGCGUGGUGAACAGAGAUUAGCUUAAAAAGUAGAGCUGAACACAGACAGGCUGUUGUCAUGGAGGCUGCGGAUGUUCUGAAGAAGAUUCAAUUGCCCUUGUUUUGGGUAGGGGCAGUUACUUUGACCUGGGUGUCCGUGUGCACUCUGUUUAGACUCCUUACCGGCCUUCGAGUGUGGUUCCUGGGCAAUGGGGAGCUAAUAAAAGCCCCCAAACUCGGGAAAUGGGCAGUCGUAACCGGGGCCACCGAUGGAAUCGGAAAAGCCUACGCGGAGGAGCUUGCACGCCGAGGCUUUGCCAUCGUCCUCAUCAGCCGGACUCAGGAGAAGCUGGAUGAAGUGUCUAAAUCCAUUGAGAGCAUGUACAACGUUGAAACUAAAACCAUCUCUGCAGACUUCGGAUCAGUGGAUAUCUAUCCCAAGAUUGAAUCUGGACUAGCUGGACUUGAGAUUGGGAUCUUGGUUAACAAUGUCGGAGUAUCCUACUCUUACCCCGAGUUUUUUCUCAACGUACCAAAUCUGGAUAAGUUCAUCAACAACAUCAUCAACAUCAACAUGACCUCAGUCUGCCAGAUGACUCGGCUCGUGCUGCCCAGGAUGGUUGACAGGUCUAAAGGAGUCAUCCUGAACGUUGCGUCUGCGAGCGGCAUGUACCCCGUACCUCUCCUCACUCUCUACUCAUCUUCUAAGGCUUUUGUGGAUUUCUUCUCUCGUGGACUGGAUGCUGAGUACAGAAGUAAGGGCAUCAUCAUCCAGAGCGUGUUGCCCUUCUUCGUGACAACCAAGCUGAGUAAGAUCAAGCGAGCUUCUAUGGACAUUCCCACUCCGGAGCGCUACGUCUCGUCGCAGCUGAGCACCGUGGGCCUUCAGAGCCAAACGAACGGCUACCUGCCCCAUGCCAUCAUGGGUUGGGUGACCACUUCUCUACUUCCUGCACGACUGCUCAGCAAGUACAUCAUGAACAUGGGUCUGUCUCAGCGUGCACGUUACCUCAAGAAGCAGAAGCAGGGCUAAGAUCAUCUCAGCAGUAAACGAGGCAGGAUUGGCUUCAGACUUCAGACAGGAGAAGAUGGUGGACCAAAACAAAAAUUCCAUAAAAAGUCUUUUCCUUUCACUCUGGAGUUUGAGGUUGAUUCCUGCUUCAUUGCAACUAAUAGGAUUGUUUCUUUUGCUAGUUUGAGUCUUUCAGAUUUUUGCAUUUGUUUUAGUUCUAAUGACGAGACACAAGCACUUCAGUGGCAUCGCUAACAAAAAAUAAAUCUACUGCAUUUGUUAAGAAGCAUCUCUACCUGGCUUUGCUAAUUGAACAGGAUUACAGGUGGUCGUACAUGUAACAUUAACUCUACAGCACUCAAAUUUCCACGAACACAUUCAGAAAAUCAAACAGGUUUAAUCUGGUAUUAAAUGAGGGUAAGUUAGAUCUAAUCAGUUUACUUUCUGGUGCUGGAACACAUUUCACUCUGAGGUUGAGUUAAAGGAGUAGUUUGUUUGUUUAAUUUUUAAAGCUUUCUUCUGUGAGAAGAUCGUAAUUCCAUUUCAAACAUUGACAAUCCUGGGAAUAGCUGAGCAGAUCAGCUUUGACUGCUUAAGCUCAUUUCUGGGCCGGAAAAAUGUAAACCGGAGACAAACAAAGAAAUGACCCAGUUUCAUAUGGGAAUCGUUGAUUUUUUUUCAAAUGUGGAUUUGAAAUUGUAUGAUUUUAUUUUAUUUUUUUUUUUUGUGCCUAGAAAUAUGAAUAAAUUGAAAAAACGGGAUAUGGGAUAAGUAUGGCAAAGUUCCCUACUGCACCUUUAAGUAUUGAUGACACGCGAGUCAUAUUUUCAGUUAGAUAAUCGGUGUAUUCUGUAUACUGCAGGGGCUGUUGGCAUUUGCAUUUGUAUAUCAAUCAGGGGAUUUUAAAAAAAAUAUAAAUAGUUUUACUGUAGCACUUACAUUUCCCCCUCUUUUUUUUUUUUUUUCUUUUUUGGAUUUUUUUUUUCUUUUUUGGAUUUUUUGUUUGAUGACUGAAUUUUUUUUGAUGCAUUUAAUUCAUGUUAAUUAAUUUCAUUUCCCCCAGACUGUCUGUACCACACGAGUGUUUCUGUAAGACAUUUUUGAUGUCUCAUUUUUGAGACAUUGACACGAUGUAAUUUCUUUACACUAAAUUGAUGUCAUUACAUUUUUAAUCGUCGCUUAAGCGUUACUUCUGCAGUGUGAUGUAGACUUGGUGAACUAAGAGCACAGUUUUGUUUCCAUUUCCACUUUUCUCAAACGGGUUUAUGAUGUAUUGAUGACCUUGGUUAAGGUCUGAGUUCAGAGUGUAAAUGAAAUGGAUUUGGCUUUAGUUCAGGACACUGAGAACAGAACAGAACAUGAUGCUAAUGCCAAACUUGCAGAUAUAAACUGGAUUGUUUUUGUUGCUUGAAA